AGCCCAGUGCCAGUUCUGAGGGUGAUGACGAGGAGAGAGCUUGCAGCACGGAGAGAGCGACGUGGGAAGGAAAAUGUGAAGGGGAGCGAGUGGAAAAUCAAAAAGGGAGACAGAAGGAAAUAAUUAAAGAACUUAUGAAAGGACGUUGUUGUGUGGUAUGAACCCUGGAGGUGUGCUGCAAUCUAUGUGUGAAGCCCACGGGGGGUGAGCGUCACAUAUUCUAUGAGAAAGUCCUGAAAAAGAAGAGGCUGUGCGCUGCUUGUAGUGAGCCCGUCGUAUCCCAAGGCAGUGUCUGCAGAGUCUGCAAGAUUACAAGUCACAAGAAAUGUGAAGGAAAGGUACCCCCAGGUUGCUCCUCUCCCCCACCAGCUGACAUGAGAAGAAGAACGGCUCCCGGCCCGUGCAUCCAGCACAUGGGUUCCACCAAAUCUCUCAAUGUCAAACAGAGGAGCUCUCUGCCAAGAAGUUUUAGCUUGGACCAAGUGAUUCAGCGCAGCUAUGACCUGGACCUGACGUAUAUCACUGAACGUAUCAUUAGCGUCUUCUUCCACACCAUCCUGGAGGAACAGCGAUAUCGAAGCAAUCUGCGGGAGGUGGCAAGCAUGCUGAGAUCCAAACAUGAGGAUAAAUACCUAUUUUUCAACCUGUCAAGAAAACGACAUGAUAUUAGAAAGCUCAACCCAAAGGUUCAGGAGUUUUUCUGGCCAGACUGCCAUGCCCCACCUCUCGAUGUGAUAUGCUCCAUUUGUAAAGCCAUUGAGGCCUGGCUCAACAAUGACCCACAGCAUGUGGUUGUCCUGCACUGCAAGGGAAAUCAGGGGAAGACAGGAGUGGUAAUUGCAUCCUACAUGCAUUAUAGCAAGGUGUCUGCAAGUGUGGAUCAGGCACUCAGCACUUUGGCCAUGCGAAAGUUCUGUGAAGAUAAGGUCUCUUCAUCGCUUCAUCCAUCCCAGCGCAGGUAUAUCAAUUAUUUUGGAGGAUUGUUAUCAGGGACCAUAAAAAUCAGCAGUGACAUGUUAUCAUUACAGUAUGUGCUGCUACCCGUUAUCCCAGCACUUCAGAAUGAUGGAGGAUAUUGCCCCUUUCUGAAGAUCUAUCAAUCCAUGCAGCUCGUCUACACCUCAGGAAUUUACUUAAGUCAAGGAGAUGGCACUAAUAAGAAGCGCCAGCUGUGUAUUAGCUUGGAGCCUGCCUUGCUUCUUAAAGGUGAUAUCAUGGUGAAAUGCUAUCAUAAGCGCUGCGAGCCUCACGAGAGGGAAGUCUUGUUCAGACUUCAGUUCCAUACAUGUACAAUUCACAACACUCAUCUCUGCUUCAGUAAAGACCAGCUGGACUGCGCCUGUACAGAUGACAGAUUUCCAGAUGAUGCAGUGGUAGAAUUUAUAUUUUCCUCUGGACAAGACAAAGUUAAAGGGCGAGAGGUUUUCCGCAAAGACCCCAGUGUUACAGUGGAUUACGACAUCACAGAUCCACUUGUCCGUUAUGACUCCUAUGAGAACCUCAACAUAAACCACGAGGACAGUCUGGAGGAUCUAAGUCACACUCGCGGCCCAUUGGAUGGUAGCUUGUAUGCCCGUGUGAAGAAAAAGAGCAUGCCUUUGACUUCUACUAAUGGAAGCCCCGAACAGCAUGGACGUCUUCUGUCUGUUAGUAGUGAUUCUGGACACUCUUCAGCCCCGACUGAGAGGUUGGAAGAAACUCCACAGAAGUCUUUGCCAACAGCAGCCGAGCAAGAAGACCUAGAAAAACUUUUGGGCGGAUUUGGAGUUAAUGUAAAGAAUGAAAGAGAGCCACAGUACUCACAAGUGGUGAAAUGUGAGGACAUGGGGAUCCAAAAUGGACAUCAAAGGCAAAAUAUAGAGGAAAGACCUAGAGAUUUGCAGCAUCAAAUGCACCAGGAAGGAGUAAACCAAAACUUCCAUGCAAAGAUAAAUGGGGAUUCAAGGUUUCAGUACUCACCUCAGUGGUCUGGGCCAUCUGAUGAAGGAGCAUCUCAAAGUUUGCCCUUAACCUUAACAUCCUGGGAAGAGCAGAGAGAAUCCCCGUGUGAAGCUGUCAUUUUGGAAGAUGAAAUAGGACAGUUUGGUGGCCUGGCUGUUUAUCCUGGAAGGAGAACUUUAUUGUCCAGACAUUGUUCCUGCAGAGUAGGCUAUGCUGGCCCUAAUAUUGAGGGACCACCUAACAGAUCUUUUUUCAGGCCAGAAGGCAUCCUUGAUCCUCGGGGAGCCCCAGGAACAGGUGCAAUGCUGCAAGGCCACUAUCCAGGCAUGUAUGCAGAUCAGGAGAGACGAAGACUAUAUCGCUCAUUGUCUGAAGGACCACAACAUUACACCAAACAGACGCAAAGCCCACCAAAGAGAGGAAGUUUAAGAGAAAAUCGCCAGUACAUGUGUCAACCUAUUUCACAUGAACCUCUUUUGCCUCCAAUGUGCCCAUGUUCUCAUUGUCAAAGUUCAGCUUGCUAUCCUGUGCCUAACAUGUGGCCCAUGGAGGGAGGCAAGAUUUCAACAAUGCAACCUUUUCAUCGAGGAGAGUUUCCGUUACAUGUAUCACAGUCUUAUGGGCAAAGUGUACAGCCCAACCAUGACAUUCCACCUCCUUUUCAGGUUCCUCCUGCUAAAAUGCAGUAUGGAUUCACAGUUCCUCAUGGUGAAGACUCGCUACACUUUAAUCACUUUGCUGAUACUGGAUAUGGGCACGCCUACCCACAUUUCUUGCACCCUUCUUAUCUCCAAGCUCACUGCCCACCUAAUGGUUAUGGCAUUCAUCCUUUUCCUAGCUGCAUGCCCUCAUGUAAUCAGACAGGUGGGCAGUCCCCUCCAAACUCUGUAUCUCCCAUUGUUCCAUCCAAUUACACCCCUCGGAGAAUUAGUGAGGAUACCAUGUCUGCAGGGAGCCCUGGUGAAUUGCCAUCCCCAAAGCAACAGCAGCAAGAUGUCCCUGACCGUGGUGUGCCAAGAGACACCCCAUCAUUUCAGCAGCAGAACCCAAGAGGGGCAGCGCCUGCUGUCAGCGGCUCAGUAACAGCACACGCUAACCCCGCCAUUCAUGUGCAGAGCCCACUUCACACCAGCUCACCAACAAGCAUCCAAAGUUCAGGACCCAACACGAAUCCUCAUACACAAAGUUCAUUACAGGGACACAGCACUGUGCCAGCUGAUGCCUUUGUGUACCCACAGAGUCCUUUACAUGCCAGCACCCCCAUAAACCCAUAUUGUCAGCCACUGCAAACACAACCUAAUCUUAUCCACAUGCAAAAUACAGCUGUGCAAACCCAUAUUCCUUUGACGUCACCAACACAUAGACCAUUGAUACAAGCCGACCAUGGAACACAACCAAAGAGUCCGCCUGUACAGCAAAGCACUAUUCAGAUUCAGAGCUCGGGCACGCAGAAGCAGAGCCCUCCCCGUGCACACGUGCAUUUUCACAGUCAAGUCAGCAUUAGUCCAGUGCACCCUCAAAAUCCUGUGACACAAACAAAUGGCUAUGGGCCAAAACAUAGUCCUGUGCAGUCCCCCAAUCUGGAACACGCGCAGAACACAUCAGUGCAAUUGCCUGACAAUGCAGUGCCACAGGAGCAAAGUGUACAGACGCGCAAGGUUGCGCACACGCAGAGCUUCAGUUCACCAGUACGCUCACACAGUGAAGUCACAGCACCCAGUAAUGGGCAGGUACUGGGUUCAGGUCCACAUUCUCCUUUAACCUCUCAAAGUCCUGGGACCCAAGCCCAACCUGCUGCGCAGACACAGUUCUCACCAGCCCAUUCGCCUGUGCACACAAACAACUCUGUGGCUCAGGCAACCGGUGUUGUACGCACACAAGGUGGAUUUGCACAGGCAAAUAAGCCAAAGCAGACUUCAUUAAAUCAGCAAGGUCCUAUCUGCACAAGCACUCCAUGUAUUCCUACAAAUGGCACUGUGCAAACUCAGGGUCAACAUGCGCCUCCAGACACCACGGUGCAUGCCCCCAGCACAGUGCACACCCAGAUGCCUUCUCUAACGUUACAUAGUCCUGUUUAUAAGCAGGGCCCCCAACUGCACAAUGCUGUGCACAUACAAAACGCCACCCUACAGACAUUCAGAAAUCCUUGUCAUCAGAGUCAGCCAGCUCCAAACAACCACCUGGUGCAAGCACAGAGUCAGUCUACACAUCCAUCCAGCGCCGGCAGCGCAGACAGAGCGGAUUCCAAUGUAAAUCUCACUUCAACCAAUCCUGAGGGAAUGUCUUCGCAUUCUGCCUCCCCACCCUGGGUAUCAAAAGUUUCCCCACAAAUGCCUGUACAUCCUACCACAAGGACAAUAGAAGAAGAAGCUAAGGGACAGUCAUCAUUCAAUCCUGCACCAGUCCCUACUGAGACAAGCCCCCAAGCUGUCCAAUACGGUGAACCCACCGAAGCUACCUGCCCUCCACAUCUGCCCCCAAUGUUAAAUCCUGUUACUCCACAGAAAAGGAGCAUUACCAUGUCCCUGCCUGAGAAUCCAGUCACCUGCCACGGAGCUGGAGUUACAACCAGUCCUCCGCUGUCACCAAUGGGAAGUCAAUCUGAGCUCCUGUCUCCUUCUCCCACCCCAUUAUUUCCCAUCAGUACUGCGUAUUAUUCCAGCAGCCCAUGCCCUCCAAAUGCCCAGCCACCUACUUUACCUGAAAAGUGCCACGCUCCAACUGCAGUGGACAAGACAGGCACCCUUGGGAGAUCAAGUGAGCAUCAGGUGGAUAAAUCCCCCUCUGCAGUCAAAGAUGUACAACUGGAUAUUCCUCCGGCCUCCAACUUUGUGCAGGACUCUUCACGAUUUUGGUAUAAGCCAAAUAUCUCCAGGGAGCAAGCCAUCGCCCUUUUAAGAAGUGCAGAGCCAGGCUCCUUCCUGAUUCGGGACAGCAACUCUUUUCGAGGGGCAUAUGGUUUGGCUCUGAAAGUUUCCAGCCCACCUCCAAAUGCAAUGACGCAGUCAUGUAAAGAUCCCUCAGAGCAGUUGGUCCGUCACUUUCUCAUAGAGACAGGGCCUAAAGGAGUGAAAAUUAAAGGCUCCCCUAUAGAACCCCACUUUGGAAGCCUAUCAGCCCUGGUGUCUCAGCACGCGGUCACUCCUCUGUCUCUGCCCUGUAGGCUUCGCGUUCCUGAAAAAGAUCUGGCCGAGCAGAGUACAGAGGUUGUCGUUCCCACAAAUAUGAGCACAGCAGCUGACCUACUGCGACAAGGAGCCGCCUGCAGUGUCCUCUACCUUGGCUCUGUGGAUACAGAAUCUCUUACAGGCCCCCAGGCUAUUUCUAGGGCCUCCAGUGCCAUCUUAACUCCUCCAAGGUCUACUGCAACUACUGUCCAUUUCAAGGUGUCUGACCAAGGCAUCACACUGACCGACAGCCAGCGCAAACUGUUCUUCAGGCGCCAUUAUCCUGUUUCCAGUGUAACGUACUGCAGCGCUGACCCACAGGACCGCAGGUGGACCAAUCCAGACAAGACAACCUCAAAGGUGUUCGGUUUUGUGGCUCGGAAAGCAGGAAGCACGGCGGAGAACGUCUGCCAUCUGUUCGCAGAGCUAGAUCCUGAACAGCCAGCAUCAGCCAUCGUCAACUUCAUCACCAAAGUCAUGCUCGGCACACAUCGGAGAUAAAGGGGAAAGCAGGGACUAAAACUGGGGAAGACAUGGUUUAAGAAGGUCAGCUGGUGGUUCCUAAAAGAUGUAUGUGCUAUAGAACCGAACUGUGAAGAGUAUGUGACAAUCAAUGGUCAGAUCGUCUACGCCACCAAUAAAGUGAAGGACUCUAUGAUGGCCACGGUUUCUACCUAGAGUAUAAUGGAUAUGGCUAGAGGUGAAGGGAGAAUUUGUAUUGAGUAUUUCUACUGUAAUAUCAACGUGAGGAUUAUUGUGAAGCAUUGAAAACUGGUGUCCCUCAUAUAUCCUAAAGCUUGCUUAGUUCUUCCUACCAUGACAUGAAUGAAGUGGGGUCUUGUCUAGAGGGACUAUACCUACAAAGUGACCAUACCAACAAAGUGACCCUAGAAUAAAAGGAUGCAGAGCAGGAAAACCAAGAUUUGUAAAGUAGAUGGUGGUCCUGUGAGGCCACAGGCAAAUCUUUUUAUUGAUUGGGAUUAUUUUUUAGUCCCAUAAAAAAAAAUAUGGUAUGGUACACUUUUUAUUUUAUUUUUUUGGUAUGGGAGUCUAUAGGUGACACAUAUACCAUUGAAAUGUCACAUAAUAAUGCAUACUGGAAUGCUCCACUACGGCAUCUGCCAUGGACGCCGCCUCCACGGGAAGCAAUGUUGCCAGGAAGGUUAUUUUAUUAUCUAUUUCUUACUUCAUCUCAAGACAAGCAUCUUAUAUUAUUGAGAAUUGGAAUUAUAACUUGUAACUGGUACAUAUAAACCUGUAGUCCGUCCAGGACCUUUCAUAACAUACGUAUAAGGGAUAUCCAACAGAACCCCUCUCUAUUGUACGAUGCUGGGGGGCGACUUAUGAUCAGCUGGUGGCAGGGAGACCCAUGACCUACUCUGUCCACAUGUGGCCUUACUGCAGCCUAUUUGGGAACACAUUUCCUACCACCCGAAGUUUGGAAACCAUAUUGUCAGGGAAUAUGGCUGUAAGACCUCCAGCUUGGGUGGAGUACUAAAGACAACAGUGCCCCAUUGACUUCCUUGGAUGUCAUAAUAUUACUGAAGAUUGACAUCCAGAUCAAAACCAUACAACUGGUAGUUAAAGGGUUAUUGCAGCCAUAAGUAAUUAUCACUUAUCCACGGGCGUCUGGUAAUUCCUGUGGGUCCCAGUCGUUGAUCCCCAACCUAUUCUGC